AAAAACAAUCAUGUGGUGAAAGAUCAGAUAAGGCUGUACUAUACAGGAGCUCUUAACUUAAAAAAAUCACUUUGACUUCUAUUACUUCAAGAAAUAAAUAAAUAGGUUUUGUAUCUUAACAACAAGGAAGAAAAGGAUUACUCUUUUUAAAAUGGUAAAGCACUUAACUACUUUCUUUGAAACCUUAUCUUCUUCCAUGGAUUCUGCAAAUAAUAGUUUAAGUAGAAGUGAAAAAUCGAAUCCUGAUAAUAGUGCAAGUAAAGUUAAGAAAACUGUAAGAGAUUUGAUAGAAGUUAGACGACCAUCAAAUAAAAACAGAACAGAGAGUUACGCUUCUGGUAGCUGCAAUAUAACUGGAAGUAACAGUGCAAUUUCAAGAGGACCUGCCAAAAAUUAUGGCAAAUACUCAAGAAACUCAAGUAGCUGGAAAAGGCGCAAAAGUUUCGUAGAUAAAAUGACAAAGCCGAAAAUGGAUCACGAUUCUUCACUAAACAAAAAUUUGGUUACUGAUCGGCUGCAGAAGUAUGAAUUGCUUGCAAAAAAUAAAGAGGGUAGCAAAAUUAAAAAGUCAGUAAGUUUUAAGAAAGAGUACAAAUACCAUGAAGCUACAAACGGAACUGUUGAACUAAAGGAACAGAAGCUACAAACGAAUUAUUUAAAUGUAACUGACGAGAACGGAAAUGAUGAUAAUCUACUGAAAAAAUAUCAAAAGAGAGACGGACCGCAACAGCAACGUGAAAAUAUAGGGGAAAUUAUAGAAACAAAUAUUUGUGACACUUUAUACGACUCAGCAGAAGACAGACGAGAUGAAAAUGGAGAAAGUAGUGACGACAUGUUUGGUUUCAAUAACUUUGAUGAAGUCGAAGAUGAUAACUAUAUAAUCGAGACUUAUAACCGUGAAGGUGAAGAACUUAUUAUCACAACAUUGCAAAUAACACGACGUACCGUGACAGCGGAUGAAACGGGCGAUAGCCUUAGAAGUUUAAUACAAGAUUCUUAUUUAGUGAUUCAGACAGAUGGAGACGAAAACAUUAUUGACGUAAAUAGUGAACCUGAUAGUUUUCCUACUAGUAAUUACCACAACGAAGAAUUUUCAUCCGAAAGUGAUGAUUGCGAUGAAAUCAAGACAAAACAAAAGGAAAUUUUCACAGAAACGGAUGACAACGGUUACACUUCCCCAUCUACCUUUCGCGGUAUUUUACAUUCUAGUCGUGACCAAGGAGACAAUUUUUUUCAUAAUAUUACACCUGCUUUGGAUUCUGAAGAAGUGAAUGCUUCAGAAGAAACUAACAGCUGUGAAACUUUAAAUAAAAACGCAGAAAAAAAACAAAAAAUCAAUUACAUUUUAGAAGAGAUUAUAAAGACUGAAGAGCUGUAUAUCGGAGGAUUGGAGAAAAUAGUUCAUGAUUACAUGCCAUUUCUUAUGAAAGAAACUCCACAUGACCUUAUUGGAAAAACUACAUAUAUUUUCGGAAAUAUAGAAUCCAUCUACAGAAAUGCUAAGAAAUUCUUGGUUUCAUUAAAGGAAAGUGCACAAGAUGCUGAUGAAAUUGCACAGUUAUUUAUCGACAAUGUUGAUAUGUUUGAACUGUACCCUUUGUAUUCCAAAAAUAAACCAACGGCUGAUAAAGUCCUUAAGGAAUUUGACGAGUUUGUAAAACGAAGGCAAACAGAACUAAAAGAUAAAUUAGGACUGGCCAGUUAUUUGCUGACGCCUAUUCAACGAAUGGGAAAAUAUGUUUUGUUGUUGGAACAAAUUCAGAAGGAAUUAAAUAAAAAGCAACAAAGUCUAGAAAAAAUUGAAACGGCUGUUAGUGUCAUACGAGGUGUAAUGAGAAAGGGCAAUGACUACAUUGCUAUUGACUCAAUUAAACAAUGCGAAAUUGACUUGAGAUUACAAGGAUCGUUUAUUAUGAGGUCGCUUUUCAAUAUUAGCAAACCAAGGAAGUUCGUCUCUAUGGUAUUUUUAUUUGAAAAUGUUAUCGUUUUUACCGAAAAAUUAUCUAAAAAUACAGAAGAGUUUAAAUAUGUGGACAAUAUUCAAAUAAACGACCUCAGUAUAAAUAUUUUUGAAGAGAGACCCAACGUUUUCCACUUAACAAAUUUCACCAAGUCAAAAAAAGGAGAUCCGGAUGCGACCUACGUUUUGGAAGCAGAAUCACAAAAAAUAAAAAACGACUGGACUUCAGAGAUUGAAAAGAAAUUGUGGCUGCAAUUAGAAAACGCAAAAGAACUCCAGAAAAAACAAAGUUUUAGUGAUCAUAGACAUCAAAAAAAACAGCCAAGUCCAUAUCAAGCUGGAACUAGAAGUCUGGAUAGGAAACACCCCAAACUUGGGCGCACGAAGUCAAGGUCUACAUUUUACGCCAACUCUGACGUAUGAUCAGAAAUUGAAAUUAUUUUAUUAUGCAAACGCAAGUUGCGAGUCUAAUUACGAUCUAGUCAAGCGGAAAACUAAAAGCACAUAACUCUUCUAAACAUUUUUAGUUAGACUCUCUGUACAGUAAUUUAAUUUAAUUAAAAAUGUAUCUUUAUUUAAACACUAAGCAGUCAAGACUAUUGCACCUACUAAUAAGAAUGUAGUAUUUAUUUAUAAUAUGAUGUUAAUAUAAAAUAUUUUGUUGGGCU